GACAGUCCUCUAUCCAUAUCAGCGCCGAUCUGCUGGUCAAAUGUUUCAGAGGGAGUGUGAAGAACGACUCGAACUCGAUCCUCGACUCGAAGAACGAACGGCGCUUGAUGGCACGACUUAUUACUAUGCACCCUGGGAGGUCUCCUUCCUUCGAGGCCCGCGGUACUAUGAGUCUUGUAAAGGGGGGAUCUUAGCCGAGACCAUGGGGUUGGGCAAGACUGUGAUCUGCAUAACUCUGAUCUUGACGACUCGUGGCUAUCUUCCUUGCACGCCUGCCCAAUAUGAUCGAGUGACCGUCCGACCAAAAGUUGCUACCCUGGUGGAAACAGCUAUAUCGGCCAUCAACCGACAUUCGGCCCCUUGGCGAUCUUUCUUUGAAAAGCACGAAGAAAUCACUGGAGAACACAUGGGGAAUUGCAUCAACCUUAUGCAAAAGAACCUACCGUCCUACGAAGUGCCUGUCGAACCGAUUCGUUGGAAUCGAAAUACCAGCACACCAUCACCAAAGAGACUUACACUCACCGCCACGACUCUUGUUGUUGUACCGAGAAACUUGCUGUCUCAAUGGAAACUGGAGCUUGAGAAGCACACGACAGGAAUCUUGAACAUCUUGAUCAUGGAUGAUAACCGAGUCGUUUUGCCUCCGGCCGAGACGUUGGCGACAUUCGAUCUCGUCAUCUUCAGCAGGCCUCGAUUCGAGUACGAGGACAGAGACGGCGCAGAUAGGAUAGGCCGCCGCAUGUCAAGGUACCCUGUAAAAUGCAACUGUCCGUAUAUUGGAGCUACGAGAACGCGAGAUUGCGUCUGUAUAACUUCCGAUGACUUAUAUGUCUCACCACUCAAAGCCUUGCACUUCCUCCGGAUCAUCAUCGACGAAGGGCAUGGGAUGGCCGCGGAGAACACCCGAAUCGCGAGCGUCGCGAGCAAACUGGUCGAGGCCUCUCACCGGUGGGUAGUAAGCGGCACUCCGGCGAAAGACCUCGUUGGCGUGGAGAUGGACCUGAUUGGACCUACCUCUCAUUCAGGCACGCCAAUUCCUGUCGAUGACACCAAUUCUGAGUAUGGUUCUGGCUCCGGCUCCGGUUCUGGCAAUAACGACGCAGAAUCACUUCGCCGCCAUACUCUACUCAAUCAACGAAAGACAUUCAAUGCGAAAGAUGAGAGACAUGGAGCUGUUCGCAGUAUAGGUUUACUGGCGAGCAACUUUUUGAAUAUCAGACCAUGGUGCUCUGGUGAUGACGAACGCGCAGCCGACUGGACAGAUCACUUCUUCCGACAUGAGAUGCUACGGCCUCGAACACGCACGUUCUCUGGUUUCGCAAAAUGUCUGCGUCGAACUCUGGAAUCAAUCGUCAUCAGGACACAGCCUUCAGAUGUCGAGCGCGACAUUGAGCUUCCUCCCCUAUCGCACGAAAUUAUCCGACUGGAACCAUCGUUCUAUGACAAGCUGACAGUGAAUGCUUUCAUAUUUGUGUUGACCGCCAAUGCUAUCACUAGCGAGAGGACAGAUAUCGAUUAUAUCUUCCACAAGAGCAGCGGCAAAGCUCGCACUCAGCUGUUGAACAAUCUCCGCGCAAGCGCCUUCUAUUGGACCGGUUUCAGUGCCUCCGACAUGGAAGCUGCUAUUAAGCAAAGUCAACACUAUAUCGAAAAGCAAGACAAGCUAUGCUCCAAAGAGGACGAGGAGCUACUCAAACAUUGUAUGAAUCAAGCAAAAGUCAUGGUGGAUUCACGAGGCUGGAGAGCGCUCACUCAAAGUCAUGAAGUCGGACUAUUUGUGGAAAACUGGCCGGGUGAAACUAAAAGAUUCUGGUCGUUUGACAAACCCAAGAUUUCGCCCAUGCUCUGCGGCGCAACACAGCUUAUACAGGCCCAAAAUCAUGUCAAUGGUCAAGCGCAUGCCCCCGAUCCAACAGAAGGCCUCGCUGGAGCCGGCAUACGUGCUCUGUCUAUCCUGCACCCGCAGUCCGUAGAUGGAAAACUACCUGUGCUAGUUAAGGCAGGUAUCCCGUCAUCUUCCAUCGCUAUCAACCAAGUAGGGAAUAGGCGCGAGAUCCGAGCGAAGACGUCGGCCGUUAAACACCCCGGACCGCCUCAACAAAGAGAGUCGUCGACUGUCGAUGUAACGUCCGAGGGUGUGGAAGAGGUCGAACUGCCUCCUGAUUCUGCACUUCGUAAAACCAAUAUCGUUGGUACCACAUCAGCAAAACUAAGCUAUCUCCUUUCAAGAAUUGAAGAAUUCUACCAGGACGAGAAAGUAUUGGUGUUCUACGAUAGUGAUAAUACGGCCUACUACAUCGCGCAGGCCCUGGAGGUACUGCACAUCGACUAUUUGAUUUAUGCUAAAUCUCUUACCCCAGCACUAAAGUCAGAGUACGUCGUGCGGUUCAACCAAAACCCCGAGCAUCGCGUGCUACUCAUGGAUAUCAAUCAAGCCGCAUACGGCUUGAACUUCCCGUCGGCAUCAAGAGUUUUCUUCAUCAAUCCGGUCAACAGACCUCAUAUAGAAGCUCAAGCACUAAAACGUGCUCACCGCAUCGGUCAAACUCGCAAAGUCCACGCCGAGACUCUGAUCCUAAAAGGCACCAUCGAGGAAAGGAUCUUCGAAAGAGCAAGGACCAUGAGUCGCAUGGAGCACAAAAAUGCAAAAGAACUUGAGGACGAUGGUGGAGUACGUGAUAUCAUACAGACAGCGCAACCAUUGCGUGUCGGUGAACCGAAUGGAGUUGCUCGAGUUGCGUUUAUACAGAAGGCGCAGCCGCUGUUCGCAAGGGCGGGGUGGGUGAAAUGGAAGAUGGCCGCUUUAGAAAAUUCAAAGUCGAAUGGCAAAACCAAGACGCACAAGAGCAGCGGUAAGAGGCGAGCGGACGAUGUUGAUGAUAGAGGAUCCCGCAAAAAGAGGUCCAAGAGCAAAGGCACCAAGUAGAAAGUUGAUGGAAGUUCCUGUAAAUGGUAGCUAGUAUAUUGCUACGGAGUCGCAAGAAUAUCAGUCAGAACUCCAAUUGGCAAAUAAGUCUUGUCCGCACCCAAGGAAAGGGCAGGCACGAAUUCCUGUAUCUCUCCAUGCAGAAAUUCACAGCAGUAACAGAGAGUCCAUCACAAGAUAUGUCACAAGUCAAUCUAGCAGAAGAUCACACU